AUGAAAUCUUUGCCUAGGGAAUUUAAAAAGAUUUUAAAAUCGAUUGAUUUAUUUAGCAUACCAGUUCCAUUGUUAACAAAUGAUGCUUAGUCUUAAUACUCAAGUUACUAUAGUGGGUUUAUUUCCAUUUUGGCUUCAGUACUCAGUAUAGCUUAUUUUGUAUAUGUGAUUUAAGAGUGGGCCAAUGGCAACAUCCUUCCCACUAUUACAACUAAUUAGUCAGCAUAGGCCUAUACUGAAUAAGGCUUGGAAGAGAACUUUAUUUAGUUUAAAUUAAGUGAUCCAACAAAUCAUGAUCCAUUUAGAAGGAAAAACAACAUAAUUACACCUUUAAUAUUUUCUGUCGAAAAUUAUAAGAUUGCUUCUCCUCCAACACCAUUAUUUAGUGAUGAAAGUAACCCUUUCACAGUGGGAUUAUAACAAGGAACACUCGUAGUAAACAAUUUGAAUACAUAAAAUAAUGACCAGUCAUACAAGCCUUCAAAAAAUUAUUUACUCAUAUUUAUUGAAUGUUUAGACGAAUACUUAGAUGAUAAUAGUAAUUGUGCAAGUCAAGAAGAGAUUGAUAAUUACAUGUCAAAGUAUCAUGGGUUUUUGUCUAUUAUAAUGAAAUUGGAAUAAUAUAACUUUAGAAAAAAUCAAAAAGAAUAUAUAAUGAAGUAAGCAUAUUAAGCAUUUUCUCCAACCUAUAUUCAAUAUACUUAAAUUAGAAUUCAGCAAAAAGAAAUAAACCUUGAUAAUGGUCUCUUAUUUGAAAAUUUGGUUACGCAUAAAUAUAUUAAUGAUUUUAACUUAAUCAAUCAAUCGAUUGAUAACAAGUAUAUAUAAAGCAUAGCAUAAUCAUUUUCAUAAUAGAAUUUUCAGUUGAAUGCAAUUUUUGCAUAUUAAAUAAGCAUUGAUAAUUUGUAAAUUUCAGAAAGGAUUAUCUAGCCAAAAUUAAGUGCUGUCUUGGCCUAUGUAGGCUCAAUUGUCUAAGUUAUAUUUAUGUUGAAGUACUUAGCAGUCUUCAUAAAUAAUUAACAGUUUAAAGUAGAGGUAGAAACUGAAAUCCUUCAAAUGUACUAUCCAAAAUUAAAAGAUGUAAAAGUUAAGAGAAAUGUCCUUGGUAAGAUAAUUUCUACCAAUCAGGGUAAUGAAGAUAAUAAAAACGCAUAAUUUAUAAUAUAAUAUCAAGACCAUCUUAAUUUAGCAUUUAAGAAGCUACGGCUGAUAAACAUUAUUUAUGAGCUAUCGCGGAUAGAACUACUUAUGGAGAAACAUUUUGGCCUUUAGAAUAUAUGCGAGUGUAGCUAAUUGGGAUCUGAAUUUUAGUUUCUUGGGCAUGAUAAUAAAAAUGAAUCUCCUAAAGUCUCGAUAUUAUCAGUUGGAAAUUAGAGUCCUUAACCCAAAGAUGAUAUCUUUAGACUAUUUAAUAAAGGUUGA